CGUCGUCGUCGAGAUGGCCCAGAUGACCAAGUCCAGCAUCGAUGGGCUGCCGAAGCAUUUUGUCUCAGCGAUGCGGACCCUCUUCGACAUUAUGGAUGACCAAAAGACAGGUUACGUCAAUUACUCGGAUAUAGAGGUGCGUUGGCGAGACGAUGGCUCGUCGGGGCUGCCCAAGGGUGUUCUCGAUGGCUUGAAGAAGGUCACACCGCCGAACGGUCUGCUGUCGUUCGAGAGGUUUUGCGCGGGCUUGAAGAUAUGCCUGCUGCACGCCCAGGCGGAGAGCGAGUCGAAGAAACUCGAGUCAGGUAGUAGUCAGCCGCCAAACAGGCCACCAUCCGCCCCGGUCCUCGACAAUCAGAGCAAAACUGUUUGGACAUCGCCCAACACCGCGGCCAUACGGCCGAAUAACGUUAUAUCGCAGCAGAGAACGCUUAGUAUGCCACAGCUACCUGGCAGAAAAGAGGGUAACGCGCCGUUCGACGUUGAGGCUAGGAUUUGCCCGGCGGAGUCGAAGCUUAUGAAAGUGUACGGGCCGCCAAAACCACCUCGCACGGGUGCAGCCCUGGACAGCCGAGUUUUAAACGCGGACAGGAGUUUCGACAAGUCGGAGAUUCGCACAGCCUUGCAGAAUUGGCAAAUGGGCCUUAUGAUGGGGGCGGACAAGGCGAUAAGCGAUAAGCGUCAGCUGGUCGGUCCAAAGUAUCGUGUCGACCCCAAUGCUUUGCUUCAUCCAGCUAGAGUAUUAGGAGAUGGUAAAUCCAUCGAUAUUCAAAGUGCCCAGCAAUUAGCCUUACAGACGCAAAGUAAAAAGUCACCUAAUCGACAUAGAGAGCCAAGACGACAUACUCUGCAGAAUGGCAUCGAUUAUAAUAUGAUGAAGCGAAUGAAGCAAAUAGAGCAAGAGAAGGAUGUGCUGCUGCAAGGGCUGGCAGCGGUCGAGAAAGCCAGAGAUUGGUACUUGAAGCAAAUUUCUAUUACGCAAGAGAAAAUCAAGCAUUUAGGAAGAAUGGGCUCGCACGUGGAGCAGUGGACCGAAGCUCAGCAAGAGAGACUCGAGCUGCAGAGAGCGAGAGUGGUAGAAGUCAAUAGGCAUCUGGCUGCGCUGAUUAGCAGCUGGGAAAGAGGCGGACUGCCCUUGCACAUGAAUCUAGCCUUCCUUAGUACUCAGUCGUCGGCGCAGCUGCAGCAGGACACGCUGUCUAGAUUAAAACAGCAGAAUCACAGAUUAACCGAGGAGGUUAGUAAAAAGAGUCAUCGAAUAGCACUUUUAGAGCAAGAGAAGGACGGCCUUGUACGCGAAUUGUACGAUCGUCAAACAGGAAUUGUACAGUCUAGGAGAUCAACCAUGAUUCACGAGCAACACGAUCAAACAUUCAUAAUUUAAGGGACAUGGGGAAAGCCGCGUGCGCUCGACGAAACAUUCCAAU